AUGACGAAUCCCACGACUGCGAUAGCUAUCAAGAACAACACGGGCUCGUCCCAAGCAUACGCCUAUAUCACCGGCCUAGACCUGAACAACAACAACGUCCCGUUGUUUAUCCAAGCCGACGGCACGACCGUGUACCGGCCGUCAUCCCCUUCCGCGCCCCAGUCAGCCCUCGAAGCCGAUGUUUCUAUCCCGCUCGGCGAGCCCGGUGCCUCGACCUCCGUCACGAUACCCCAAAUCGCCGGUGGCCGCAUCUGGUUCAGCACAGGCUCCAAGCUGACAUUCCUACUGAACCCAGGCCCCGCCGUUGUCGAGCCUAGUGUGACCAACUCCGCGGACGCUAAUUACAACAUCCCGUGGGGCUUCUGCGAGUUCACGUACAACUCGGAGCAGCUGUUCGUCAACAUCAGCUAUGUAGACUUCGUGGGCCCGUUACCCAUCGCCCUCGAGCUGCGCAACACCGCCGGCAACGUCCAGACCGUUCAAGGCCUACCCGCGGGUGGUCUGGACACGGUUGCCGACAAGCUAACGCAGCAGAAUGCAGCAGAUGGAGCCGGCUGGGAUAAGCUGAUCGUGAAGGGGUCCGACGGCAAGACGCUGCGCGCGCUGAGCCCGAACAGCGGCCGUGUAGCAGACGCGAACUUAUUCCAGGGGUACUACGACGACUACGUUAACCAAGUGUGGAGCAAGUACACGUCCACCGACCUAACGAUCAACACGCAGGCCUCGUGGGGAGACGUUACCGGGCGAGUGCAAGGCGACCUGCUGACGUUCCCGAACGUGGGGACCUUCGCGAAGCCCAGCGCCGGCGACAUAUUCAGCUGCUCGACGGGGCCGUUUGGUAGUUACCCCGAGGAGACGCGCGACGAGAUGGGGGCGCUAGGCGCGAGGAUCGCGGCGGCGUUGAACCGCUCUACGCUGCUGGAUGAUGCGAAGCAGCCGGAUGGGGAGCAGAUUGCGAAUUAUUAUAAGACUACCCCGACUAACCAUUAUGCGCGUAUCACCCACGAAGUCAACCUCGACGGCCGCGGCUACGCCUUCCCAUACGACGACGUAGUGCCCUCGGGCGACGCGGGCCCAGACCAGGCAGGUACCGUCUUUGACGCCAACCCGGAGCUUCUAACGGUGACGGUCGGCGGGCCGGCCUCCAACGGCCCUUCGAACGGCGGCGGCGGCAAGGAAAAGGACGGCGGGGACAAGAACAAGACCCCGGAUACGACCCCUGCUUGGCUGAGCAAGCUGAAGAGCCUGUUUAGCGCGCUGAAGAAGAUGCUGCAUAUCAAAUAA